AUGCCAUCUCCCGGACUACCGAGUGGCUCAUUGCCCUCGGAGCAACUUUUUGGCGACUCUCAAUUGAGUGCCCCGAACAGCUCCCGCGCGUCGGAAACGGGGGAGCCAGGUGCAGACAGCAUCGAUCCCAGCACAAACCACUCGACCAAUGGGCACACUCCUGACGCGUUUGCGGAGGGCAAACAAGGCGCGAAGGCUAUGUUAGCUGCCUCGGGCGCGUCAGACCCUGGCAGUGAGGGUUCAAACGGUACACACCAAUCCAACGGCACAAAUGGUUCAGCGAGGAAACAAUCCCGUGAUGGAUCUGCCGCCCAACCUGCCGAGGUCGCCGGGACUAUGGCUGUGCGCACUCGUGAACCACCACUAGACAAGAUCCUCCUGUCCCAGUACGUGGAUCGCGAAUUCCAGCACUCGGCCGCCAGCGCCUGGCACAACCCGGGUCAGGAAUUACACAAGAAUAAGAAGGCAGAGCGGGAUUAUUAUUUGUCGGUCCGCCGCGAGAACCAGCACAACCCAGCUGUAUUAUACGGGGUUGGAUAUGAGGGUUUUGGCAACCCCCGUACCGACCUUCGCAACCAACAUCCUCAACUUCUAUACCCUACCCACCGCCGUCGGCCAGGAAACCGAAAAACACGGGAAUUGCGCGUUUCUCGGCGUGAAGCAAAGAUGCAGAGCGAGCAAACAGAGGACCUCGUGCCUGUGCGCUUGGAUAUCGAUUGGGAAAAGGUCAAGAUCCGUGAUACUUUCACGUGGAACCUGCACGAUCGUGUUGUAUCUCCAGAUCUAUUCGCCGAGAAGCUCGUCGAGGAUAUGGGUCUCGCGCUGGAGAGCUCAAUUCCUUUGGUACGAAUGAUCUCCCAGAGCAUUCAGGACCAGGUGAUCGAUUAUUACCCACAUCUCAACAUACACGAAGACGCCCUUGAUCCACAGUUGCCCUACACUGCGUAUAAGAAUGACGAGAUGCGCAUUUCGGUCAAGUUGAAUAUCACUAUCGGCCAACAUACCCUAAUCGACCAAUUUGAGUGGGACAUCAACGAUCCCAACAAUUCCCCCGAAGAUUUCGCCUUGCACAUGACCAACGACCUCUCUCUCUCUGGUGAAUUUACCACUGCCAUCGCCCAUUCGAUUCGCGAGCAAGCUCAGCUUUUCACCAAAUCCUUGUACAUCGUCGCUCAUCCAUUCGACGGUCGCCCGAUCGAGGACCCAGAUCUUCACACCUCUUUCCUUCCCACUCCUGUGGCCUCUGCCUUCCGCCCAUAUCAGUCUGCCAAGGAACACACUCCUUAUCUUUACGAACUCAACGAAGCAGAUCUCGAACGUACCGAGAUCUCCAUCUCUCGAGAACAACGUCGCCAGAAGCGGUCCAUCAACCGUCGGGGUGGUCCCGCUUUACCAGAUCUCAAGGACCGUCAACGUACGAUCCGUACGAUGAUUGUGUCUUCCGUGAUUCCCAACUCGGUGGGAUCCUUCGAGGAGAGCAAUGUGAUCAAGCGCACCGGAUCUGGUCGCCGCCGUGGCAUGACUGGACAUCGUGGCGAUGAUGAUUCGGACGAGUUUGACAGCGAUGAUUCUUCUGUCGGCUCUCCUGCCAUCGGUCCCAACCUUGCGCAGGGAACCGCCCGCACCAGAGGCAUGAGGGGCGCGGCAACUGCGGCUCAUGCAGCUCUGCGCGCCAGUCUAGGACAAUCGGCAACACCAGAACCUGUUUUCCAUGAACCUCGGGCCUCUUCCCGGAGGCAACAAUAUCGGGAGGAAAGCGUGGAGGAAACCGAGAGAUUGAUCGUGAAAUUCAAGAUAUCACGCGACAAGCUGGUUGACUUGAGGAACGGAAGACGCAUUGCCUCUCAAACCGCCGCGCAAGCUGCUGCACGCGCAAUGGCACCUCCCCUUGACAAACAAUCCCGACUCCAUCCUCCUCCUCGCCCUCAGCAAACCGGCGCAGUUGAUGCUCCCAACCCCCCGCAACCCGGCGUCUCCGGCCCCCCACCACCCAACUGGCUGGCCGCUGGCCUCAGCAAACUCAAACAAUCACACACCAAUGACUCCUUUGAGGGCGUUAUGCGGUACUCUGCCGUUGACACCGAUACCCUAGCCCCGGUGGCCAAUCCAAACAACCUCCAGCAAGGCCAAAAUAUCAAAUACCAAUACCUUCCCCGGAUCCGCUGCCAUGACUGUCCUGGAAAACUCUACACCCCCGGUCCGGGCAUGACGGUGGAUAACUUCGAAGUCCACCUCCGCAACAGGCAGCACAAGGAGCGUGUCGAAGAGCGCCUUGCGAAGAAUGGUGGCUUUGCCGGCGAAGGAAGCGCCAGCGCCAGCCCUGCCCCCGGUGUACAUGCCUCUCCCUCCGGACCGCCAUAA